AUGCGUGUCUCCGUUCAGAUCAUCGCCGGCCUGGCCCUCGCCGCCGGCACCGCCAACGCAGGCCUAUACAGAAGAGCACACCAGACAUCCACCAGCAGCGAAAUAACCACUACCCCAACCGAAACCGCCACUAUGACCACCCCCGUCAUUGAUAAAGACCCCUCCGCCACCGAGACUAGCGCCUCCGGAGCAACCGAGAGCGACGUCUCUACUGUCUUCUCUAGCGCGGAUGCCCAUCCCACCGAGACGACAAGCAUCCCUCUCAUCAAGCCCACCGACGCCGCAUCCUCCGAAGCUGCUAGUUCCUCCGCCGCCGGCAUCUCGACGGCCCCGCUUCCCAAAGCUACCGGUACAGGCGACUACGUUGGUGUCGUUGAUCCCACUGAGGAGUCGAGCAGCAGUGGCGGCCACAGCAGUGGCAGUGGCAGUGGCAGCAAGAGUGGCAGUAGCAGCAGCGGCGGCAGCAGCAGCAGCAGCAAUGACAAUGGCGAAGAGAACACUAAACCCACCACAUCCCGUCAUACCAGCCCUGGUUCCACCCUCGUCGUGCCUGGCCUCGCUGCCCUGGGUAGCCUUGCCAUUGGCCUGAUGGUUCUCGUUUGA